UAAACACAUUUCUUGAAAAACAUUACAAUAUUUUCAAAAUUCUUAGUGAUAUUCUUAAAAAUUCAAAAAAAAAAAACUCCCAAAAAAAUGGCUUUAGCUAGUAUUAAGAAAAUAAAUUUCCUAAAUCUGUUGAGAUUUCCCAGGUAUUACAACUCAUAUUUAACACAACGUCUACAGUCCUCUAAAGCCAGCUCCGGCAAAGAAGCAAGAUCGUCAGAGUGUACCAAACCUCCUGAACCAAAAUGUGGUGUACGCUUUAAAAAUGAACCGUGCGAAGUUAAAAGAGCUAAACCAGCUAAAUUGCCACAACCAGCUCCGCCCUCACUACCGCAAGAUAAAGUAGAAAUCAAAAUUAAACGUAGUGUUUAUUGUUGUGGUGAUCCUUGUCCGGAUGCCUUACCACGUUUUGACAAACUUUACUACAGACGUUCGGAUAAGGCGGAGCGUAGUUAUCAACAAACUUGGAAUGAAUGUCCCGAACAGUUUAUACGUCCCAAAGUCAUUUGCUGUCAUAAACCCAUUAAGCCUAAAUUCAAAAAGCGUCCUCGCAAAGAACGUCCCAAGACCGCAUGCAAAGCAGAUGUUUGUUUACAGAGUAAGACCAAGUGUCCUUAUAUCAAAAUGCCCGAUUGUAAAGAGGGCAGGAAACCACCUUCCUGUUUGACUCAGAGAAAACCCGCUAAAUGUUUAAAGAGAAAUCCACCUUAUCCUUCAUUCUCAGAGUGUAAACGUGUCAGGCCCAAAGGCAGACAUCCUAUUGAAUGUAAGUGCUUGGCUAUUCCAUCGAUAUGUGAGGUGUGGGCUUAUUAUCAUAGACAAGCGGCCAUAAAAAAGCCGGAAAGUUGUUAGAGCCCUAGAGUAGAUUUUCAAAAUGAAAUGUUUUUCAAAUGUAAAAAGUUGUUAAAAAAUUUACUGUAAUUUUAUGAAAAAGAAAUAUAUAUUUUAUUAUCGAUUUUCUAUAA